GAACUCUGCGGCAUUGGAGUCACGAUGUUGUCAUUUGUGGUUCCAUCUCACGCCAACGGUCCAACUCUUUUACUCAGCAAUGGUCUCGCAUGCAGCUACUACGGUAUCCUUGCUCAGUCAGGUCAUACUAUUGAACAGUUCGAGAGCUUUGUUUCCACCAGCCGUCUGUUGAAGGAGACGAAGGAUGCUCAGGAUUCUCAGAGUGACUAUUCCGGGACUGGUGGCCGGGAUGCAAUGCGCAAGGUUGUCAACAGCAGACUUCUUGAUCUUCUCAACGAUUCUCGAGGAGCGCACGCAAUGUUGAAGAAAUUGCCGAGAUCAAACAUUCUUGAAGUUCUGAAGGCACGCAAGCAAAAGAUCAUAGUUCCUGAAGACUGGCCUGAAGCCAACCGCGGCAGCGAAAGCCAAAUCCUAGCCACGAUAUUCGGCUCUACGCAUCUAGAGGACCUACGCCUGACUUUCGAAGCGCUUCAGAGCGGAGGAUUGGCAGUUGUCAAACGUUGAGUUUCUGUACGCGAGGGCACUGAUCUGUCUCGAUUGCUUUGGUGGGAAAAGUUUUUUGAAUUCUUUAUGAUUUACCUACAUACCUAGACUCUUUAUCUCCGUGC